CAUGGUGAUGUUGAAGGGUUCUCACACAGUUACCCCAGCCCACCCCACACCUUCCGGCAAAAUCUGGUUAUCGGAAUCCGACCAAGUUAAGCCCUUAACCCAUGCACCCACCGUGUACUUUUACAGACCAACAAACUCCGGCAUCAUUGCCACCACCGCCGACACUUUGAGAGAUUCUCUAAGCAAAGUUCUGGUGCAAUUCUAUCCAUUAGCCGGCCGCCUUCAUUGGAUCGGUGGCGGCCGGUUAGAGCUCGAGUGCAAUGACGCCGGAGCUAAGCUCUUUGAAGCUGAAACCGAUGCGGUUAUCGAUGAUUUCGGCGAUUUCAGGCCGACACCGGAGAUCAGAGAAUUGAUUCCCCGAGUUGAUUACACCAUUCCUAUCAAUGAACUUCCAUUGCUGCUCAUCCAACUCACGAGAUUCAGAUGUGGUGGCGUUGCCGUCGGCGUUGCCAUCUCACAUAUCAUGCUCGACGGCCAAACUGCACUUCAGUUCGUCAAUACAUGGGCGAAGGUGGCUCGUGGAGAGAAGCUUGAGACAACUUUGUUCUUAGACCGGACGGUUUUACAUUCAACUGAACCACCAUCCGCCCCACGGUUCGACCAUGUGGAGUUUAAACCACCUCCAGUCCUGCUCGGCUGCUCUGAUUCGAGUGAGGAGAGAAAAAAGGAGACGACAGUGGCGAUGCUAAAUUUGACGAGAGAUCAGGUAGAGAAGCUCAAGAACAAAGCAAACGAGUGUCGAAUUGAGGAAUCCGGUCGAGCCUUCAGCCGGUAUGAAGCGGUUGCGGGUCACAUGUGGAGGUGUGCAUGCAAGGCUCGAGGUCAUGAACGCGAGCAGCUGACCAAAUUGCGCAUCGUCGUCGAUUGUCGGAACCGGUUACGGCCGUCACUUCCUCAGGGCUAUUUCGGGAAUGCGACAUUUCCGACGACGCCGACAAGCUUGGCCGGUGAGUUGCUGGCGAAGCCGUUGGGUCAUGCGUCGGGAAAGAUCAGAGAAGCAGUGGAGAAGAUGACUGAUGAGUACGUAAGAUCCACCAUUGAUUUUUUGAAAAGUCAAGAAGAUCUGACGCUGUUUAGGACGUCUUUUCAUACGGUUGGGUGUACGCAAGGAGUUUUCUUUGGGAAUCCUAAUCUAGCGGUCACGAGCUGGGUGGGCCUACCGAUCUACGAUGCGGAUUUUGGAUGGGGGAAGCCCAUACACAUGGGCCCUGGUUCGCUUGGGUUUGAUGGAAAGUCUUUUAUCGUUCCUGGUCGGGAUGGGGAUGGAUCAUUCAUCGUUGCGCUGCGUCUUCAGGUGGCCCACAUGGAUGAUUUCAAGAAAUUUUUCUACGAAGAUAUGUAGAAAAGAGAGCUUGGAUCAGGUCUUUCCAUGAGAACCAUUCUCAUUCGGUGAUUGAUCCAUGGAGAUGGAAUUUAUUUAUUUUAUUUUCUUGCAAUAGGUUUUCACAUUGAAUGGAUUUCAUGUGUAGAUUAGACAUUGUACGAGAAUAGCGUACGAAAACUUGAUCCAAGCUCAAAAAGAGAAGAGGAUGGGAUGAAAGAAGUAAAGGGACUUACGAGAUUGUUCUCGUAUGCUCUUGGUCUUGGCAUUGGUUAAGUGUGUGAGGUGAAAGAAUAAGACUUGUAAUGUGCUCAUCAAUUGUUUUGAUUGGUUGAUUGUUGAACAUAUAUGUAUGCAUAUAACCAGUAUUGUGUAGGUUCUACAUAUGAAUGAAAACGAACCUUGAACCUUCGACCUUU